CCGCCAUUGCACUUAGUUCAGAGUUCGCUCCGAAAGCGUUAACAGCUUAGAACGCAAAGUCUCAAAGUCAAAGUUAAGAACGAGAAACCAACUUGCUAAUCCUCCCGAGAAAUGGCAUCCGUACGCACCAUGAUCGACUACCACAAGCGCAUCGAGGCGGCCGACGACAAGCUCAUCGUGCUGGACUUCUAUGCCACAUGGUGUGGUCCCUGCAAGGACAUGGAGAGCACCGUCAAAUCGCUGGCCAGAAAGUACUCCAGCAAGGCCGUGGUGCUCAAGAUCGAUGUGGACAAGUUCGAGGAGCUGACGGAACGCUACAAGGUGCGCAGCAUGCCCACCUUUGUCUUUCUGCGCAACAAUCGCCGCCUGGCCGCCUUCUCCGGCGCCGACGAGCACAAGCUGACCAACAUGAUGGCCAAGCUGGUGAAGGCCUAAGCACGCCCAGCAUUUCUCAUCUCAACUCAUCUUUCGGAGCUGGCUCAACACUGGACUUGAUUUUUGUUUUAUAUUUUAGCCAUGUUCGCACCAAUUGUGUUCUUUAUGUGUUCAACGUCUUAGCCAUAUUAUUAGUGAUAGUUUAUUCAUGUGAUGU